AUGACGAGCUCCGCGUAUUUCGCCAACAGCGAGGCGGACUACUGGCCUUAUCAGUCGUCCAUCGGUGACCGAUCCACCGGACAGGUUAUGUACCCCGAAGCCGCGUAUCACGCCACGCAUCAGCAGCUGCACUCGAGCUCGGAUUACAGCCAGAGACCUGCUCAAGACCUCUCGCCCCCUUCGAGUCUUCUGGAGACUCUCCUCCGUCACGGGAAGGACGCCAUCGGCGAGGAUUACGCGAAUCCCGCUGCAAAACCAAUGACGUCGCCGAUUCGGCAGAGUAUACCGCAUAUUCCCUGUCAUACACCGCCGUACACGCCGACGUCUUCGACGGACAGGACGUCACCCGUCGCUGGAUUCUUGGCGGACGCUCAGGAACGGGUCCAGCAACCGGAAUCGAGUAACGGAUACAUGCAGGGUUAUCAGGGGUACCCCGCGCAGCCGAAUUCCAACAGCUGCGUGACCCCUUCGAUGAUUACCCCAACCACGCCGCCUGAUUACGCGGUGCAACAAGGAUUCGGUGGCUACGCGAACAACAAUAACAACUGCAAACAGAGCCCUAACGAGAGUAACGAGUUCGCGGACGAUUCGGCGCAGCGCCAAGUGGACUACCCCUGGAUGAAGUCUUCUUAUUCUAACGGCGACUCGACCGGCAGCGGGCACAAACGGACCCGACAGACGUACACCAGAUUUCAGACUUUGGAGCUAGAGAAAGAGUUCCAUUUCAAUAAAUACCUCACCAGAAGACGACGUAUCGAGAUAGCGCAAGCGCUAUGUCUGACCGAGCGGCAGAUCAAAAUCUGGUUCCAGAAUCGACGCAUGAAGGCGAAAAAGGACGGCAGACUCAACUACAACGGAAUGGAGAUGAACAACGAGGACGUCGCUUCGACGAGCCAGAGUGGAUCGCCGAUCGACGGUCUUCUCGUCACCGGGACGACGACCGCUCCAACGACGACGGCCAUGCACACCGUGCAAGCUGCGACACCAUGUCAGCAAGCCACUGGCAUAGAGGAAUACCAUCGUCUUCACGAGGCCUACCUCCAUUACCGUCACCACCAACAGGGCAUGUACGAUAGUCAUAAUUAUUUCCAAAAACAAAAUUAUGACAACCACUUGGCGAAGCUUGAACACCUUGGCGAGUCAUGA